AUGGUACAUGGGAUAUUGGAAUUGUUUCGUGAGGAACAUGAAGGCAUAAGGUGGAUAAUCAUGGGCGAUGAUGAUACAAUGUUUUUUGUAGAUAAUCUGGUUCAUGUUCUUUCGAAGUAUGAUCAUACAAAGUACUACUACAUUGGGUAUCCAUCUGAAUUUGUUUUGUCCAAUUAUUGGUUCAAUUUUAACCAGGCAUUUGGUGGAGGUGGGAUUAUUCUUAGUUACCCUUUGGCAAAAGCACUUGUAAGAGAUAUGGAUCGCUGCCUCAGGAAAUAUUCAGACCUUUCGGCUGAUCUAAUGACUAUGGCCUGUUUAGCUGAUAUUGGAGCUAAUUUAACACCCCAUAAAGGUUUCUUAUCAUCCCAUCCCAAAGAGCUCGUCUUGUCUAUACACCACUGGGAUGUGUUAGAUCCAAUAUUCCCUAAAAAAGAUAGAUUUCAAUCAGCGCAGCACCUCAUGAAAGCAGGAAAUGUCGAUCAAUCACGCCUGUUUCAGCAAACAAUUUGCCACCAUAGACCAACCAACUGGACAUUUUCCGUUUCCUGGGGAUAUUCUGCCCAUAUUUAUGAAAAAGUGAUGCCAGAAGUUCAAAGGGCAGAAUGUUGCGAUGUCCUCAGUGUAAAGGGCUCUGGGAAAGCAGAUGUCCAGCUUAGAGAAUGUAAGAUAGAUGAGAUCAUAGCUUGA